CUUUCGAGCUACUGAGGUUCCAAGGACUCGGCAUCCUUGGACCCCUCCUCCACAUUCAGAUAACGUAUCCUAGCAAAUAUUCCUGUACCAAGACUCCAUCGUCCCUCGGCAUCCAGAUAAGAAAACAUAAGUAGCAGCUCUGCUGCUUCGCCUUUUUUUUAAGUUCGCCGUUCCCCCGGAUCGCUGUAAUAUUUCUUGCAGCAAAAACGCCACAUCCGUUUCCUGAACGGGGUGCAUAUCACGACACCGUCAAUAACCAAAUAAACAAUCGUGAUGGGUGCAGAGAAAGAUGUGGCCCAGACGGGGUUCCCCCCUGCUCACAGUCCUCUGAGGGACGAAGAGAGUGUGAUUGUGACCACCACGACGGAUUUGCAUCGCAGAUUGAAUAACAGACAAGUUCAACUCAUCGCAAUUGGAGGCUCAAUCGGAACAGCGAUUUUCGUCUCAAUUGGCGGUGCCCUCAUCAAUGCCGGACCUGGAAGCUUGCUCGUAGCAUGGAUCCUCUACUCGUGUAUCAUCGGUCUCGUCAAUAAUUGCAUGGCUGAGAUGGCGACCUACAUGCCCGUCAGCGCCAGUUUUAUUCGUCAUGCUGGUCAUUGGGUUGAUGAUGCCUUCGGAUUCAUGGCUGGCUGGAAUUUUUUCUUCUACGAGGCUAUCUUGAUUCCAUUCGAGAUUGUCGCAUUGAAUCUUGUCUUGACGUUUUGGAGAGAUGAUAUCCCUGUUGCUGCCGUAUGCUGUGGAUGCAUUGUGGCUUAUGGGCUUCUAAACGUUUUGGCAGUCCGAGUCUAUGGCGAGGCAGAGUUCUGGCUGUCUGGAGGGAAAGUUUUCUUGGUAGCCAUCGUAUUCUCGUUCACGUUCGUGACCAUGUGCGGAGGAAACCCAAAGAAUGAUGCAUAUGGCUUCCGCAACUGGAACUCUCCAGAACCUUUCUUGGAGUAUCUUUCAACUGGUAGUCUUGGCAGAUUCGAGGGUUUCCUCGCCGCUCUAUGGCAAGGAGCUUUCACCAUCGUGGGACCUGAGUAUAUCGCGAUGGUCGCAGGUGAAGUUCGAAACCCAAGACCUGUGUUGAAGAAGGCCUUCAAAACAGUCUACAUCCGAUUCGCUCUCUUCUUCAUCGGCAGCGCUGUUUUCGUUGGCAUCGCUCUGCCUCCCAACGACCCGACUCUGAACCGAAUUCUUACAAGUGGCAGCGGUGCUGGGACAGGUGCUGCAUCUCCUUACGUUAUUGCCAUGCAGAACCUGGGAGUGGACGGACUCCCACAUCUAGUCAACGCCCUACUUAUCACAAGUAUCUUCUCUGCCGGAAACACCUACGUGUAUUGCGCAACACGAACUCUUCACGGCUUGGCGACAGAUGGCCACGCGCAUCACUUCCUGCGCAAAACAACGAAAAACGGCGUUCCACUUUAUUGUUUCGCUAUCGUCAUGAUCUUUCCAUUCAUCUCGUUACUUCAAGUCUCGAACAGUUCCGCGGUUGUUAUCACAUGGCUCGUCAACCUUAUCACCGCCGGUGGCCUCAUCAACUUCAUCGUCAUGUCCAUAACCUACAUAUUCUUCUACAAAGCCUGCAAGGCCCAGGGACUCGACCGCCGAACUCUCCCAUACCGCGGCUGGUUCCAACCAUACAGCGCGUACAUCUCGUCCUCCUUCCUGAUCCUCGUCGUCUUCACCUACGGCUACUCUGUAUUCCGCAAGGGUGGAUGGGAUGUUGGAACUUUCUUCACCUACUACACCAUGUUGAUCUUGGCGCCCAUUAACUUUUUGGGAUGGAAGUUGCUCAAGAAGACGAAGUUUGUCAAGGCUGCGGAGUGUGAUUUGGUUUGGGAUUUGCCUGCUAUUGAGUUACAUGAGGAGGAAUGUGCUAAUGAUGCGCCGUUUUUCUCGAUUCGGAAGUCAUUCAGAGAGAAGGUUUUAAGACGUGGCUGA